UCAUUUCUCCCCUCUCACAUGCUCCUCACCAACAAAUCAAUCAAACGCGGACUUCUUCCCUGAGACGCACGCACCGCACCUCACCGCCCCGCGUCGCGAGAUCUCACAUCCGCGAUCCGACCCGACCGGCAGCGAUGGCCGGCAAGGAGCUGAGCGAGGAGCAGGUUGCGUCGAUGCGGGAGGCCUUCUCCCUCUUCGACACUGACGGCGACGGCCGCAUCGCCCCCUCGGAGCUCGGCGUCCUCAUGCGUUCCCUGGGUGGGAACCCGACGCAGGCGCAGCUCCGCGACAUCGCCGCCCAGGAGAAGCUCACGGCCCCCUUCGACUUCCCGCGCUUCCUCGACCUCAUGCGCGCCCACCUCCGCCCUGAGCCCUUCGACCGCCCGCUUCGCGACGCCUUCCGCGUCCUCGACAAGGACGCAUCGGGCACCGUCUCCGUCGCGGACCUCCGCCACGUCCUCACUUCCAUCGGCGAGAAGCUCGAGCCGCACGAGUUCGACGAGUGGAUCCGCGAGGUCGACGUCGCCGCGGACGGCACCAUCCGCUACGACGACUUCAUCCGCCGCAUCGUCGCCAAGCAACCGCCGCCGCCGUCGCCGGAGCUAAACCCCUCGCCUGACGCCAUGGGGCGCAUGCACAGCCGCGGGAAGGGUAUCUCGUCGUCGGCGCUGCCGUACAAGAGGACUCCCCCGAGCUGGGUCAAGACCGCCGUCGCUGAUGUGGACGAGUUGAUCACGAAGGCUGCGAAGAAGGGUCAGAUGCCCUCGCAGAUCGGUGUUCUGCUCCGCGACCAGCACGGUAUCCCCCUCGUGAAGAGUGUUACCGGAAGCAAGAUCCUCCGCAUCCUCAAGGCUCAUGGCCUGGCGCCGGAAAUCCCCGAGGAUCUGUACUUUUUGAUUAAGAAGGCCGUGGCCAUUAGGAAGCAUCUUGAGAGGAACAGGAAGGACAAGGACUCCAAAUUCAGGCUCAUUCUUGUUGAGAGCAGGAUCCACCGUCUUGCCCGUUACUACAAGCGCACCAAGAAGCUCCCGCCCACCUGGAAGUACGAGUCUACCACAGCCAGCACUCUGGUGGCUUAGGAGGGCUCUUCAUCUGGUGUGCUCUUACCAGCCUCAGGAUGGUCUUGUUCUACAUAUCAUCAAUUUUAUGUAACGCUUUUGAGUUUGGAGCGAUUUAGAUGAACAAGAGACCAAAUUUUCUAUGUUUACUCGGAGAAUCCCAUAAACCAUUUUUGGUUUUGCAGUUCUGUCUGGUUACUUUUGGCAUGCAUCCACAUUUCAUCAGUUAAACUUUUGACGUCA